AUGUUUUCGCAAAACAUGAUCAUUCGAGAUGGAGAAUACACAAAAACGAUUUAUACCAUGAUCAAGGAAGAACGUUUUCAGGAUGCAAUCAAUACGCUUAAUGGGAUUCCGGAAUCUUCUACGACCCGUGCAGGACUCUCCUUACUCGGCCAUUGCUAUUACCAGAUACAGGAUUUUAUCGAGGCGGCCAACUGCUACGAACAACUGAUAAACAUCGUACCGGAUGUGCAGGAGUACCGCCUUUACUACGCCCAGUCCCUCUUUCAAGCGGGUUUAUUUGAGGAGGCACAGAAAAUAGUAGCAUCUGGUUUGGAGUCGCCGGAGCUUAAGGAAAAAGUUUUGCAACUGCAAUCCGCAAUCGCUUACGGGAACGAAGACUAUACGACCGCCCAGUCGUUGUUGCUUCAGCGUCAGGAUGGAAAUGGGCAGGAGGCAAGCAUCAAGAACGACGAAGGUUGUCUGCUCUACCAGGCGAAUAUGUUCGAGGACGCCCUGCAACGUUACGUGCCGGCGUUACAAGCGGGCGGGUUCAAUCCCCACGUGGCGUACAAUGCGGCCCUUUGCCAUUACCGCCGUAAGGAAAAUUCACAGGCGCUUAACUAUAUUGCCGAGAUUGUGGAACGUGGCAUCCGGAACCAUCCGGAGUUGGGUGUUGGGGCUCAGGCGGAAACUGAGGGAGGAGCCCGGAGCGUUGGUAAUCCGCCGGCCCUGGCCGCAUCGGGAUUAGCACAGGCCUUCAAUCUGAAGGCAGCCAUUGAGUAUCAGGAAGGGAAUAUUGAAGGUGCUCGUGAGGCUUUGACGGAUCUUCCACCCCGCUCGGAACCGGAACUGGACCCUGUGACGUUGCAUAAUAUGGCUCUUACAGAUCCCAUCGGAGGAGGUGCCGGUUUGCGACGGUUGGCGUUCUUACUCGAGCUCGGUCCACCAACCUGUCCACCGGAAACGUUCGCUAAUCUUCUGCUGCUCUGCUGCAAGCACGAAAUGUACGACACUGCGGCAGAUAUUCUUGCCGAGCACACACACCUUACGUACAAAUACCUCUCACCGUACUUGUACGAUCUUCUGGACGCUCUUAUAACUGCACAAUCAACUUCGGAAGAAGCGGAGCAAAAGCUGGGCACGUUGGCCAACAGCAUCGGGGGGAGGCUGCGAGCCCUUGCGGCAAAGGUACAGGAGUGUCGUUCUGCUACCGACCAAAACGCCCUACGUAUGGCUCUCCGCGAGUACGAGGGUGCACUCGAAAGCUACCUACCGGUGGCGAUGGCCCGUGCCUGGAUUCCGUGGCGUAUGGACGAUUUUCAGGGCGCAGAACGAGAGUUUCGUGCCAGUGCGGAGUUUUGCUCCGAAACGCCCUCCUGGCGCCUACACGCUGCCCAUGUCCUAUUCAUGCGCGGCGAUCGGUACAAGGAGGCGGCCGCUUUCUACGAGCCGAUUGUGCGUCAAAAUUACGACGAUAUUCUAUCCAUUCCUGCAUCCGUGUUGGCGAACCUUUGCGUAGCGUACAUCAUGACGUCCCAGAAUGAGGAAGCCGAGGAGCUGAUGCGCAAAGUGGAGCGAGCCGAGGAACGCAAGGGAAACGCGAAUGGACAAUGUUUGCAUUUGUGCAUCGUCAAUCUGGUCAUUGGGACGCUUUACUGUGCGAAGAAUAACUACGAGUUUGGGCUGUCCCGGAUUGCGCACGCACUUGACGGAGGAUCCGGAGCGCGGCUGUGCGCGGACACCUGGAUCCACGUGAAGCGGUGCGUGCUGGGACUUCUCACGGGGAUGGCCAAGCAGACGAUUGUCUUGCCAUCGAUCGCGCUGCAGGAAACAUUGAAUUUUUUGAGGGCAUGCGAGGCGUACGGGUUGACCAUACCGUCCGUUUUGACUGGGCCACUAGAAGAUUCUGGAGAGCAGCCACCGACCAUUGGGCUGGAAGCUCGUAAGCUUAGGAGCUUGCUACUGAAAUUGAUGGAGUAUAAGUAG